AUGAAUCAACAUAGUAGCCACGACGCCGAUCCAAAGUUCAAAGGCAAGGACAAGGAAGCUUCUGCUGCUGUGCCUGCUGGGGUUGACAGCGAAAGCAACACUCGAAUCCUCCGGGGAGACAACGAUGCGCGAUCCGAGCCUUCGUUUGCAAAUCGCCUCGCGACAUCGGCAGCCACCCUUUCUCGAGCCGCCCUAGAAGGCCGCCCUAGUGCUGAAGCCAUUCGGAACGCGGCUUCUACAAAGGCGUACGUGCAGGCCGAAGCCAGCACCAGCUCAAACCAAGGCUCUGUAAAUAGAGACCAGGCUGCUACCUAUCGUGGCAGAGAUAAUUACGAUACUGGUGUUGGGUCCGCAUUCUCGUCAUCAAGACACUCACCCACAGCUGGCGAACAACAGUACGAGGGCUUCAAGGGAGCGCAAGCAGCGCUUGACAUCUCGGUCCAGCUGCAAAUACCAGAUGGGGAUCAGCACGGCCUCGCUGGUUCAACGAAUACUUCGCACAACUCUCAUUUCUCGAGAAUCCAGUCUGAUGUCAAUGAACAGGAAGCUAGGGACGGCCAGCAAGUGGUUGAUCUGCUGACUGCUCCACAUGAGUUGGACGAUUUGGAAGCCAUUGGCAACCUCCACAGCUUCGUUUCACGGCGUGAAGAAGAGUCGCUGAGAAAGGCGCUCUUUAGCGGUAGCGGUGAUGGGCCCGCCUCCACCUGGAGUACCCUGCUCGACUUCCAGCCCGAUUUCCUUCAAGAAGGCAACAUAGUCGAGUUGCUACAGCACUUUGGCGUCACCGAUCCGCAGCAAGCCAAAGCUAUGUGGAUGGACAGUUGGGCCGACGUGCUCGCCAGCUACACAGACCAAGUCUGGGGCGACCUCAGCUUCCUUGCCCGAGAAGCGCAGAAAGAAAUCAAUGAGGCGCGUGAGCAGGGGACAGCGACAAAUGCAGACCCCGGCGGGCUGCAGGCACUUCGACGGCUACAACAGAUUCUAGCGCACGUCCGGGGCCGUUAG